AUUUCCAGUUACUAUGUUGUACGGCAAACUGAAAGGAUAAACUUUUCAACGAUGCAUCCAAUCAUACAAAUAAAUUGCUAAGAAAUUUGUAUACCUUGAGAAACAAGUAACAAAAUCACAUCCAUAAUGAAAUUCAUGCAUGGAAGAAAUAAUAAUGGAGGCAUGAAGAGACACAACAAAUCUUACUUCUUGGUUCAGUGACUUCACCAUAACUGUAUUGUCUUCAAAUUUAUUAAUUAACAUUUGGGUCAAAAACCCCUAAAAGGAGCUUCAACUUAUGGGAACUAUCACUGGUACAAUUAGGGACAAAUUUCAUGCUCGUAUUCAACAAGUACAUUUUGGAUUCGAUUUUUAGUGUUAGUCAAUCACACAAUGAUGGUCAGAGGAACGUUGAAAUGCCUCUGUGAGUUUUUCUGUUCCCAAAGUGGACUGCUGUAGUGAAGCCACCCAGGUGGUGCUUUAAAAAAAAAAAAAAAAAAGAUUUAGAGAAAAAGAAAAAACUUGAACUUCAAGGGCUUUUAACAGAAAUUGGACAUGCCGAUUCACCCCUAAAUUAUAUCGGUUUUUUUCCUCGGGUUGGUUUCGGGUCUUAAGGACACGCGGGACAGAAUAUCAAGGAGGGGUAUAAGUGUCAUUUCAUCAAGAACCGCCAUUAUUCUUCUAUAAAAGCUGGUAUUUUCUUCCACGGUCAGCUGUAGAUCAACAAUAACCGCUUUCAAGCAACCACCUUUCUUCUUCUAACUGCCAUGGAUUCCGCUUCGUGCUUAUUUCUCCGAGCUCAGCCCUUUUCUUCUGCCGCCGCCAUUUUCCCGCCAAGUAACAACAACACUGCCCGCUUCUUCGCCCUCCCGAAGAACAACCGCAACCCCAACUUGGUCCCUCUAUUUUCCUCCACUUUCCCAAGAAACCCAAAUUUUCCCGGAAAAUGUCUGCACUUCAAUCGGUUCUCUGCUUUCAGCUCUCUCUGCGGCGCUCAGGACCAGAACCCAUCUCAGGAGCUCGCUGUUCUUCUCGAAGUCGACGGGGUUCUUAUGGAUGCUUAUCUGUUGGGGAACCGCCAAAGCUUCAAUGCAGCAUUUAAGAAGCUCGGACAUCACUGUACAAAUUGGACAGAGCCUGUUUACUUGGACCUCCUAAGGAAGAGUGCUGGUGAUGAGGAAAAGAUGGUGAAUUUGUAUUUUAAUCAGAUCGGUUGGCCUAGUUCAUUGCCGACAACUGAGAAGGAGUCAUUUGUGAAAAAUGUCCUGCAAAAGAAGAAAAUUGCAAUGGAUGAGUUUCUGAUGUCAGAAAGUUUGACUUUACGACCUGGAGUUGAAGAGUUUAUUGAUGAUGCAUACAAGGAAGGAGUACCUGUUGUCGUACUGACAACCUAUAGCAAGAGUGGGAAUCAAAUUGCUAGAUCAAUUGUUGAAAAGCUUGGCGAGGAAAGAGUUUCGAAGCUAAAGAUUGUCGGAGAUAAGGAGGUGUUACAGAGUUUGUUUAACCAACUAGUAAAUGAUAUAGCAUUAUCUUCUGGUAUGGAUGGGCAACUAUCUAAGGAGGCAAUAAAAGCAGUUUCUGCUGAGAAAGAAAGGAUUUUUAAGGAGCUUGCAUUAUUGCUAAAGCUGAUUUUAGAUAUUGAUACUCGCCCGCCUGAAAGCUUAGAGAAGAUCAUUGUUGCAUUGCAAGCCGGGGCAGAAGUUGCUGGACUACCUGUAUGCGAUUGUGUUCUUAUUGCAGGAAGCCAGUCUGGUGUGGCUGGAGCUGAGCGAGUGGGCAUGCCAUGUGUUGUUUUAAGAAGCAGUUUGACGGCUAGAGCUGAGUUCCCUUCGGCAAAUGCGAUAAUGGAUGGGUUUGGAGGAGCAGAGCUGACCAUCCCUAAACUGCGCAACAAGAGACGGUCAUGAAAUCAAAUCAUGUUCCUAAACUGCGCAACAAGAGAUGGUCAUGAGAUCAAAUCAUGUUCCUCUUUUUGCCAGACAAUUAACUGAGCUGUAAAUUUUUCUUUCCAUUCGUUGAUAUGUCGGAAGAUUCAUCUCCCGUAGAGGGAUCUUACAAAGUUAGAACAGAAUUAGAGCCGUUAAUCUCGAUACUCUAUAAUUUCUUCAGCUUGGAGCUGUUUUAGUUGCCUUGUAAUUUUUUUAAGCCACAGUUUGCAAUAUAAGAGCUGAUCCCUUAUAAA